AUGGUAUCCAAAACAACUCUCAUCACUCUCCUCGCUGUCACCGGCUUCAUCGCUCUCCUGGCAUUCGUUGGCACCGGCGUUGUCCGAUCUGCGAGACAUCGUCCUAAUUAUUAUACUACUCAAGGCCCAGAGGACUAUUUGGGAACACCCACUCAGUUUGUGAAGAAGAUCAAUGAGCUACGGCGAUGGUGUGCUAGAGAUUUUAAUGUUUCAAAUAUGCAUCAAUUGAUUUGGAGUGAGGAUCUUGUGAAAGCCGCGGAGUUUCUUAAGGAAAGUGAAGUGUUUAGCGACAAAGGACGCGUGGAAGUGAUCAAUUCUUAUCAAGACGCUUUUUAUUCUGUGCAAGGGCUUUUGAAGAAGAAAGGAAAAUCAGGCAGAGCAGUAAACUUCAAGCAAAUCAUUGAUAAGGAUAUAAGAAACGAGGGAAUUGAUUUUCUGGUGCCAAAUCAGUUGUACGUUGGUUGCUCACCGAAAGACACCACCAUGACAUGUUUGAUAGGACCGAGCAAUAAAUUUUCGUUCUUCGAUUACUCCGGCGACUCCACUGCAGUUCCUGGCACUCAAUGUCUUGAUGGAUAUGUGGAGAAUGAUGGAAUCUGCUCUCCGACUACAGAAACAUUGGUUGAAGCGUCUCAAGAGAAAUUUCCAAAGAUAAAAGAAGAAGAUGAGGAGGACGAUGAGACUUCUGGGACAAAUGCCUCUCAACUUGUUCUAGUUUUCUUGUGUCUCUGUAUUUUUUAUGUUUUUUAA